UGGGCUGAGGGGCGGGGGCGAGGCUAUGACUCUACCCAAUCCGAGAAGGGUUUGAGAAGUUCCCAGAUUCCCGCGGGUUAUAAAAAGAGCCGCCGCCAGCACGAGGAGGGUGUGUCCCAUGGAAGCUCGGCGGCAGGAUGGAAAUGUGGACAAAUCAAUCUAAUAAAGCUGCCCUCCAAGCUUGGGUGAAAGAGACUGGAAUCCAGUUAGUUCAAGUCAAUGGCCAGAGGAAAUAUGGUGGCCCUCCACCAGGCUGGACAGGCAAUGCACCUCCACCACCUGGUUCAGAGGUUUUCAUAGGGAAAAUCCCACAGGAUAUCUAUGAAGAUAAGCUAAUUCCCCUCUUCAAAAGUGUAGGAGUUCUGUAUGAAUUCAGACUAAUGAUGACUUUCAGUGGCCUCAACCGUGGCUUUGCUUAUGCCAAAUAUACCAACCGACGCAGUGCCCAAAGGGCUAUUGCUACGCUUAACAACUUUGAAAUCCAAGUUGGCUACCUCAUUCAGGUCUGUAGAAGCACUGACAAAUGUGAACUCUGCAUUGAUGGUCUGGCUCCCUCUGUGCAACAGUGCCAACUUUUGCCAAUGCUGCAGGAACUUACCACAGGGGUCCUGGACAUAAGCUUGCACCCAAGCCCUUUUAGAAAGCAGAGGCAGCUGGCACAAGUGAAAUAUAUCUCCCAUCAGGCUGCUGCAAUGGCCAAGAAAGCUCUUGUGGAAGGUAGCUUGUGCCUCUGUGGGGACCAAGUUGAAGUAGACUGGCUGAAGCCAAACACAAAACAGGAACUCCAGAACUCCCCUGUGCAAGCCUUCCCAAAGAUCUUUCCAUCUGGUCCUGACAGAAAAACUCUCAGUCAAGGGCUGUGUGGGCCUGAGGACUGUUGCAUGCCACCAGGAGUGGGUACUGUCCUGGACUAUCUGAACAUGCAAUGUGAGGAGCGGCAAUUGGGGACACCUGUAUUCCUUACAAAGUGUAUACAAAAGAACCCUGAAGGCUGGCUGCGGUUCUGGUACCAGGUGGUGAUUCCAAAAUACCCAUCUCCCUUCAGUGGGUUCAUUUGGCUGAAGCCAAGUCAUUCUGGAUUGGAAGACCACGAAAUGGCCAAAAAUGCAGUGGCACUGCAGUUACUCAAGGCCCUAGGAUGCCCAGUGGUGUAAAGACAUGUUUGAAGAUCAUAAAGGUGGCCUAUGUGAAGCUGGCUUUACUUGGCAAAUCUAUAUGGAGGAUCAGUAUCUAGCCUGUUUUAUUUAUGGAACUGGGGAGCACUGCUGACUUUUUGGAUGUCUCUGUUCUGGUUAUGUUAGUGCAUGUUCUUUUGAAUAGCAUCUUCAUUUGUAUUUAACUGUUUGAAGUGUUUGUUUUUUUUAAUGUAUACGUUUGAAUUUAGGUUCUGGCCAGGUCCUGUGGGGUGUUACAUUCUAAAAAGUAUAAUACUAAAAGCAAGUCCUGUAGCUUCAAGAUACUUAUUGGGGCAAGAUGAAUCACUUAGCAAGUCAGGCUUUUAAUACUACUUGGUGUCAGUGUCCUUUGCUAUCUGAUAGCAGAAACUGUUAAUCUCUGAAGAUGUCUGCCUAUUGUCUAUUAAUAUAACAAAUUGGUUAAUAUAAGUGUUCUAUAGUAA